CCUCCCUGCCAGAGGGGUCUGGCAGGGGAAGAUACUAACCUUCCGGGGAGAGCACGUUUUAUUCCCCCCCCCCCAUCAUUCGGGGGCGGUCUUCAUAUCCCACAUAGGUGGUCCCCCCCCUCCUGUAUGGAGAGACCAGCUGGAUGGAUGAGCCCUGAAACUUUACUUGCUCUUUUUCAGUUGUGGAUUGCAAAGCCAUGCAUGGAUCGCCUUUUCCUGUUAAUAUCUUAUUGACAACGCAAUAAGCCUGCUCUGUGUGAUACAGAGAAUACCAAGGUGAAUAUGCUAGUUUCUAUUGAAGUGAACAACAUUUGCAAGAAUCUAUUAUCUUUAAUUCCAGUCUGAGUUGCACAUCUGCUGCUUGACAGAUAUGGCUCGUGAUGCCAGAUCUUCAAGAUUAGCUAAAAAGGAAGAGAUAAGCAAAAAGAAAUCAAGCCCAGUAAAAAAGAAAUCUUGCCAAGUAAUAAAAGAUGCCAAGAAAAUGUCACCAAAGCCAGAAAAUUCUGCAAAUUGCAAAAAAUUAAUGGAAGAAAAGAAUGAUGGCAAGAAAAAGCUACAAGAACAGAAACCAUUGCUGGAUUCAUCAUGCAGAUUUCUCAGGAGCAGUGUUACCAAAGCAUUUUCUGGAACAUCUUGGAUGAACUUGGGAUUAACUGAUAACGUUCCAUUUCAUAACCAGCCUCCUUUGAGCUACAAAGGCUUUACAAUGACUCUUCGCAGAAAACCAUUUCCCCAUCGACUGUUCCGACCAUCGACAAUCACAAGAAUUAAGAAAGCUAGCCCUGAAAAAAGUGCAGGGAAAAGAGAGAAGUCUGAAUUGGAAACCUCCCGUGUUUCAGAAAGUAAGGAGACUGCAAGAGCCACCAAACCAAAUUUAAACCAAAACCGUGAAUUAUCUUCUCCAAAAGGAGAUGACAUUCUGUAUGAUACAGAAAGAGAUCACUCCUCUGAAUGUGACAGUCAAGGCAAAAAAGAGGAAUUACCUCCUGAAAACAGUAUUUCUGCUUCCAACAGUGAGGUACCUUGUAUCGAUAGUCCAGAGGUAUUAGAAAAGGAAUGCAAGUAUGAAGAAUUUAUGACUAGUGAGCAGGCACCGAGCAAUCUCUCUGUCAAUACCUCAAAUGAAACUUUGGUCGAGCCUGUUCCUCCACAUCUACACUUGGACUCUGCAAUUGCUCCAAAGGAAGAUGAAGACAAAUUAGAAACAGUUGUGAAAUCACAUUUUGAUAAUGGUUUGGAUUUGUUGCCUGGCCCAAAUGAAGAUUUUGGUUCACAUUCCAGUUCAACAAUGAGACUUUCUUCCUCAGAAACAAACACAAACGUUCUUGUUAAAAAGUUAGAGCCAUCCACAGAAUCUCACGCCACAACUGACUACAGUUUAGUGCAAGCUAAUUGUGAACCUGAUUCUGCCAUUUUUAUCACCUCUGAAUUAAUCUCAAAAUUACAUUUAGAUGACCCAUGUGUGCUGCCUGAGUCCAACAUCAAACAAAAUCCUGAGCCUGUCAUUAGAGAAGAACCUGGUUCACACUGUGUCUCUGAAUCAGAAGGUUGUCUGAAAGAUUCAAGCCUUUUUGUGGACUCGCAUUUACCAAAGGAUGUGGAACUGGAGCCAAGCAAUAAAGCACUUGAUUCUUAUUUCAAUUCCAGGCAAAAUUAUUCAAAGUGUGACGCAACUAAUGAAGUGCCAGUUUAUAAACAAGUUAUCAAAACCUCUUUGACUAGUAUUAUCUUGGGAGACCUUGAGCGGACACUUGAAAAGAUUGCUGCAGACACUUUCUUUUUAGAUUCAGCUGCUGUGCCUGUUACAUCACUCAACCCAGAAGAAAGUGCAACAGAUUCUGUUUCUAUCAGCAGCAGGGUUUUUAAAGAAAGUUUCCCAAAAUCCUCUGAAGACUCCAAUUCAGGGCGGUUAUCAAGCGCUGCAGAGGACACAAAGACAGUGGUGCCAGAUGAAUCAAGUCAGAAGCCUCAAGAUCUCUUGCUGCAGUUGGAAAGUGAUGGGAAAGAUGUUAACUCUUUUCGGGACAUUAUGAAAUCUGACAACAACCUUGUUGCAGCUCCAGAGCCAUCCUCCUGUGGAAAUCUAAAUGAUGCUCUUCCUGUUUCAUUUGCUUCCUUGCAACCUGUAGUAGAAAAGAAGAAGCGAAGGCGAUGUGGAGUAUGUGAACCUUGUCUGAGGAAAACUAACUGUGAAGAAUGUAGCUGUUGCAGGAAACGCAAAACUAGUCACCGGAUAUGUAAAAAGAGAAAAUGCGAAGAGCUGAAGAAGCCCCCACCACCUCUACCACCCUUAAUGCGACCCCCUGUACCUCUAGAGGUGCUAACUGAAAACAAAAGGCCUCAGAGGAGAAAGCAAAGAGUUCUAAAGGGAGAUUUGGAAAACAAACCAGUAAAUGGCUGCAGACCAGAGCUCAUGGAAUGCAUUGCCAAUGGCCAUGGUGAAAAAUACAACGUGAAACCAAACCAGCCACUGUCCUGGGAAAAUGUACAGGCAAAUGAAAAGGGAAGUAUGACUGGCUUAGAAACUGAGAAGUGGGCACAGAAUGAGAAGCCGUCGCUUAGCAUCCAUGUGAAUGGUGACCUCUGUAAAGCUGGAGCAGGGGAUGAGAAUUUCAAACAUUUGGAAAAGGAUCCCAAAGCAGUUUAUUCUUCCAGUGACUUAGAUGAGUCCAAAAGGUUGUUUGCACAGACUGUUAGAAAUGGCAUUAAAAGCAUACCAUGUUCACUAGCAGAAUGUGAUGUGUCGCUGAAAAAAACCAACGUGAACAGAAAUGCAGAUCUGACUAACUACUCCAAAGAAAGCAAUUCCCAUGUCUCUUGGAUUGAAACAGCUCAGUUGAAUAAUGCAAGCACUUUGGCAACUAGUACAUGUGGUGCUCUUCCAUUAAAGAAGGAUCAUGUUCUAGUGAAACAGACUGAAAACUCUAAUGCCAUUCAGGAAACUGAGAACUCACUUUUGCAAACUGUUUCACAUUUAAACCUGCAGGACAAGCCAUCUUGCACUCCUUUGCUUGAAAAAGAUGGCUGCCUGGAAGAUGGUGCUUCAAAUAUACCAAGCAAAGAUUCCCAACCUGAAGACUUGUCACUUCAGUCAGACUUUGUGUCUCUCAUUAAAAACAGGAAUUUAACUGUGGAGCAGGUUGUAGCUAUUGAGGCAUUAACAAGUUUGUCAAAAAUCCCUUUAGGUGCUCCUUUACCAGCUAAAACGGAAAGUUUUCAAUGUAUAGAGCAACAAGCAACUUCAUAUUCACUUAACAAUUGCAAAAAGGAUAAUUCAUGUACUUUGAUAUCCUCCACAGUGAAAGCAAUUAAAGGGACUUGUCUGCAAAAAGACCAGCAGCUCUUUUCUCGUACUCAUUCACAGAGAAAAAUCCUUCCUAAGAGUUUGCUUUACAAUGGUCAAGGUGCUAUUUCUGAAUUUUCUACUAAAUCCCCAGGUCCAUCUAGUUUAUUGCGUAGAUUACAUUUCUCCCCACGAGACACCAAGUCUUUCUCUGCAUUGGUGUCUGGUGGAAAUUCAAGUCAUACUACCAAGAAACAUCCUCUUCAUCAUAAAGUUGCCAUUGCGCCAUGUUCCAAAAACUUGAGUACUGUAAAACAACGAAGGAACAAAAUAGACAUGCUUGGAAAAUGGGAAGGAAAGACUUUUCAUGGUCUUAAUUCAAAAAGUAAUUCUAUAACUAAGGCAGGCAUUCACAGCCAGGUUGAAGAAGAGGUAGCCACCCAAUUAACUCAACUUGCAGCAAUAAUUGAAUCAAGCAAAGCAAGCCUAGAUCAGAAGGCAUCAUUUAUCAGUCGAAUACCACCCGAUAUGCAAUCAAAAUAUAAACAGGAUCAGUGCCUACUGCAGAAGAAACAAUCUAUAUUUGUAAAGAACAAUUACAGCUCAUUGUUAGUGAAGCAAAGGCAACCAACAAGGAAAAGUGACAAACCAGUACCAAGAGUGAAAAGACUGAAAAAGAAACCUCAAGUAAUGCCUGACCAACAAAAUAAUCAACUACAACAUGAAUGCCAAUGUAGCGAGUUACAGGACAUACCAAAAAAGUCCUCUAAGCUCCGCAAGCUUGGUCGGAUCGUGCCACAAGAUUUGAAACUAACUGCAUUGGGGAAAAAAUCUUCCAAAACCAAAGUACAAAAGACACGAAAACCGAUUACUUUGCCAUCACAACAAAAACCAUUGUUUCCUCCCAAAUCUCAAAUCAUAUUCCAUAGACCUUUAUCUGCUUCAGCACAGGACAAAAUGAAAGAUAAGUUGUUUGGCCAUGAAAUGGUGUCUGGGCACGUCCGACUUUUGGGCUCUAGUGAUGUGCAGAGCACCUGCCCUCCAAGUGGCACCCUUGUUGCUCUACAACAUAGUGGCCUACUCACCAGUAAUCUCCCAACUGUUUCUCACUUCGAAGCAAAUUCCUGUUUGAACCAAGGAAGUGAAAAUGUACAGAUGUUUACAGAAAAAGACAAGAAUUCUCAGGUACAGCAAAUGAGUAUUGCUCAAAUACAUAAUUUGCCUCAAACCCUUAGACACGGAGCAGAUGAGACAUGCAUGAAAAACCAAGCAAAACUUCAUCAGGAUGCUGUGGAGCAACAAAAGGAUCAGAAACUGCAAAUGAUGCCCAUUAGCUGUGGUCAGACCUCUUCAGAGGAUACCACGCUGGCACUCAGGAAUGUGGAGUGUACAAGUGAAGUUACAGUUCAGACAUCAAGAAAUUUGGCAGCUGAGAACCCACAGAGUACAGAAACCUUAGGAUAUUCUCCAGCAAAGAACACACUCAGUAGCUUUCUUGAAUCUCCUAUGAAAUUCCUAGACACCCCUACAAAGAACUUAAUUGAUACCCCUACAAAGAAAGGACAGACUGAUUUUCCAACAUGUGAUUGUGUCGAACAAAUUGUAGAGAAGGAUGAAGGGCCAUAUUAUACACACCUUGGAACAGGACCGAGUGUUGCUGCUGUCAGAGAAAUAAUGGAGGACAGGUAUGGAGCAAAGGGAAGCGCUGUAAGAAUAGAGGUAGUAGUGUAUACAGGCAGAGAAGGAAAAAGCUCCCAGGGGUGUCCAAUUGCCAAGUGGGUGAUACGGAGAAGUAGUGAUGAAGAAAAGCUGCUGUGCUUGGUUCGACAGCGUGCAGGACAUCACUGUCAAACAGCCGUCAUUGUGAUCCUUAUUUUGGCUUGGGAGGGGAUCCCUCACCUUCUGGCUGACACACUGUAUAAGGAACUGACCCAGAGCCUCAGAAAAUAUGGCUGUCCGACAAGCCGUAGAUGUGCACUAAAUGAAGAUCGUACUUGUGCCUGUCAAGGUCUUGAUCCAGAGACAUGUGGAGCAUCCUUCUCAUUUGGCUGUUCAUGGAGUAUGUAUUACAAUGGCUGUAAGUUUGCCAGGAGCAAAACUCCCAGGAAAUUUAGACUUCUCACAGAUGAUCACAAGCAAGAAGAACAUCUGGAAAGUAAUUUGCAAACUUUAGCUACUGAUGUGGCUCCGCUAUAUCAGAAACUUGCCCCUGAUGCUUUCCAGAAUCAGGUGGAAAAUGAGCACCUGGGUCCUGAUUGUCGUCUUGGGGUCAAGGAUGGUCGACCGUUCUCGGGAGUCACUGCUUGCAUCGAUUUCUGUGCCCAUGCCCACAAAGAUACACACAAUAUGCACAAUGGAAGCACUGUGGUUUGUACUUUAACAAAAGAAGAUAAUCGUACAGUGGGAGUAAUACCAAAUGAUGAACAGCUGCACGUGUUACCUCUUUACAAAAUUUCACAAACAGAUGAGUUUGGCACGGAGGAAGGCCUGGAAGCGAAGAUAAAAGCUGGGGCAAUACAGGUGCUUACUGCUUUCCCCCGAGAAGUAAGAAUGUUAGCUGAGCCACGCAGAGCAACAAAAAAGAAGAAACCAGAAGCAAAGAAGGUGCAAACUGAAAAGCAAGCUUUAGCAGAAAAGAAGCAUUCUGCACCUGUAAAAGGGAAAAAUGGAUUGCCAGAAAAUACAAGUAAAACAUCACAAAUUUCAGGGAGCAAAACUAAUUCAUUGCAACCUGGGACAAAAAUGGAGAGUGGUGAUCACCUUUCUACAGUAAAACAUAAUUCUGACACUAAGAAUUGCUCUGUUUUAAAACAAUAUGCUCCUUCCUCACCAUUAAAGCUAGAUAGUUUACAUUCUUGUUCCCCAUUUACUCAUAAAGCUAGUGGUAUAAUGCCAGUCACUAGUACUCAGCAAGAUUUUUCAACUCGCUACGGGUACUUGCAGUGCAGUGGUAACAAACCUCAUGUUACACCCAAAGGUAAGAACUUUGAUGUGUCUGUCAGUGAUCAUACUGGAAUUUUGCUGGAUGAGAACAGAAAUGGUGUGCCUCCAUUUCUUCAAGACCUUGCUGUUUCAACCUACAGAGACAUGGCACCCUGCACACUUGAACAGGAGGUAGUCGGCAAACAAGAUUAUGAAAUUAAGUUAGAAAAUUCUCCUGCUGCACAGUUGGCUAGCUCUUUUGAUUCAUCAGUGCCAUUGGAUACUCCAGAAGAUGUAGUCAGAAAUGAAAUUAACUUUUCUCUGGAGGAUCCGAUGCAAAAAGGAGGGUUCAAGCAAAUUUUACAUUGUGAUUCCGCCACUGUGGAUAAAAAGCUAAGCAGUGAGCCCCUGAAAUGCACAGAUUCUGAGGAAAAAGCAGAAGAAAUGUGGUCAGACAGUGAACAUAAUUUUUUGGAUAAUGACAUUGGUGGGGUAGCUGUAGCACCAUCUCAUGGCUCCAUCUUAAUUGAAUGUGCGCGCCGAGAACUGCAUGCCACAACUCCAAUUAAAAAGCCAAACCGAAAUCAUCCCACGCGGAUCUCUUUAGUCUUCUAUCAACAUAAAAAUUUAAAUGAGCCAAAACAUGGGAUAGCACUGUGGGAGGCAAAGAUGGCUGAGAGAGCAAAAGAAAAAGAAGCUGAAAAAUUGGGCAAUGGAAAUAAUACUCUACAAUCCGAUGACAGAAAUGCACACCAGGACAAUGCAACCAGAGAGAGUUUUGAUGAAGACAAUGAAUUCAACCAAAUUCCAUCCCGCCGAGCAUUAACAGUAACUCAUGAUAACAUCAUAACGGUGUCUACUUAUGCCCUCACACGUGUUGCAGGGCCUUAUAACCAUUGGGCAUAAGUUUGUUUUUUAAAUAGCAACUGUACAACUUUGCCUUGGAGCAGUGUUACACAAUAAUUCCUAAAGGUGCUGUUAAAGAACAAAGUCUUGUGUGGUUUACUCUUUGUCAUCUCGACCAUUUGAAGGCUGAGGUAAAAAAAAAAAAAGAAUUUUUUUUCUUAAACUGUGACUUUAUAUAUUUUAACAUCUGAUUCUCAAGCACAUUUUAAGCAAAAAAAAAAAAAAGUAUAGUUAAAUGAUUUUGGCUAGGUUAUUAAUCCUGAUUGAAUUACUCAGUUUUAUUACCUUUUGGGGGAUUUAUAUUUUGGUGCUUUGAAUCGUCUGUUUACUACAAAUGGGCUUUUUAUAAAGAUUUUAACAGAUUUCACCUUUUAUGAUGUAAAAUCAAGUUAGACAGUAUUAGCUAUACACAGCUCUUGGUGCUUAAUCACAUCAAACAGUUAAAGAUAAGCUGAUUUAUUUCUUCAUGGUGCCAUUGCUCUUACAGCUUCCAAUCAUUGCUAUGAAGCCCAAUUUAAGGAUAAAGAACCAAUGAUGAUUUAUCUGUGUAUAGAUUUUUCAUGUAUGUAUAGUUGUGUGUCUGUGUGUGUGUGAUCCACACACAUACACAAACAAUAUCACUAGUGAUGGUUGGAGGUUGUGAGCUGUAAAUAUAUAUAUUUAAAAGCACUUUCUAUUUUUAACGUUAACUUGAAAUAGUAUAAGGAUCACAUUUGUCUAAGGUUUGUGCAUUGUCUAAAAGGAUUUAUUUUUUUCUUAUGUUGAGUUCCACGUUACUACAGCAGUUCACAUAUACUAAGAAUAUUUGGUUUUUAGCCUUGCCCCUCCUUUUUUCCACUGACAUUUUUGCUUUGUUUCUAAACAAAAGGUUGUUAAAAUGCAGAAAGUUCAAUAUUUGCAAAUAUGAAUUAAGACACAUUUUGUCCAUUCCUGUAUUGCUAUGGUGUGGUUUUGUUGUAAGAAUGAAUUUACUAUGGUUUGUUUUGAGCAAUAAGUGCAUAAGUCUCUCUCAUACGGAGCAUUGCAAGUUAUGUACAACAACCAAAUGUUCCUAAUGCCUCAGGGGUAGAGUUGUUAUGGCAUCAGAAACUGCCCCCCCCAUAGAGUUGCCUUAUUAAUAUUUUGAAAAGUAGAACUCUUUAAGUUUUAAGAGAGAAAUUUGUAGUCUUGGAUGUUUUAUAAUGCAUUUAUUAAAAUCUCCAGAAUGUUCAUCAACUGUUAGUUGUCAAUUCAAGAAGGUUUAUAAAUUUAUUCUAUAAAAUAUUCUCCUCCGCAUGCCCCAUGUUAAAAAAGAAACAGUGACAUCUAAGGGCUGAUUCGCACAAAACAUUUCAUAGCUUAGUAAUAAGGCACAUAAUUUGUAUGUGGAACAUCCCAGGUUCAUUCCCUAGCAUUCACCUCAGUUAGGAAAAAAAUAUCUUGAAUUGUCAGAGAACUUCCCCAGUCCUAAGACCUUGGAGAGAUUUUGCCAAUCUGUAUUGGACUAGAGAUCAACAGUCUGAAUUAAGGACUGUUCUCUAAUUCAACCUCCAAAUGGAGGUGAAUGGGUAGGACUAUACCUACUACUAUAAAUACUAUUCCUCUUUGCAACAAAAAAGUUAUCAAAGCAGUUUACAUAGAAAAAUAAAUAAGAUGGUUUCUUGUCCCAAAAUUGCUCAUCAUCUACAAAGAAACAUAAGGUAGACACCAUUAGUAGGGAUUCUGUGCUCAGGUUGGAUAGAGACAUUUGUUCUUCCCCUGCUAAAUAUAAGAGAGUCACCACUUUUAAAGGUGCCUGUUUGCUCAGUUAGCAGGAUUACACCUGCUGCCAACACCCCAGCGUUGGCACACUUGGCCACGCUCAACAUCUACAUGUCCAGUGUUAGUGUGAAAGGGCUCGUGCAGCUUUUCUAUGCAAUUGGAAAACAUAAAGUAAUCAGAGUUUCUGAUAAUAUGGAGGAGCUGUACACAUGGAGGUGCAUAUGUAUUCAGUUCUUGCACACUAAUAUGUGAGUUCUGAGCAUGACCAGCAGUGCCAGAGGGCAUAGUUUGGGUCAGUGAACAUACAGGAGGAUUGUGUGGAGAUCCCUUUAGUGUAAAGCAGCUCCAUAUCUCUUAGUUUGAAGCCCAGCUACAUUAUAACUAGUGAGCUCAUUGAAGGUCUGUUGUGAUGUUACACUUUCCUCCACCUUGCUGCUUCUCUAUUCAAAUAUACAUACCUUGCCAAAUAUUACACAAGCAGAAUCUCUCCAAAUUUUUUACCAGACAAAAGGUCAACUACACAUGGGAAUAGCAAAUUCUCUUAAUUUUUCUUAAUUUAAUUUAAUAUUCCUGCAGGGUGUUUUUCCUUUGCAAAGCUUGUGCCAGGGUUUUCUCACUUCAUCCGCAAAGGUUGCAGGAUUGAUCAGCUCAGAUCUUUGAGGACAGCUGACUAGGCAUCGCCAUAGAACAUUGUGACAGCUGUCACAAAGCUCUUUCUUCAGAAGUUGUCCUGGCAAUGAUCAGACAUUGUCAGAUAUUUUUCUCUCACGCACUCACCCUGAUACAUCCCCAUCCUGCUCUUCUCUGAGAGGCAGGGCUAUUGAAAUUUCUAGGGGCCAGUAGCAGAUGCUUUAAGUACCCGUCUGGCAUAGGUUUGUGUUUUUUUUUGGGGGGGGGGCUAGUGCAUGUUGUAUGCUUAUGCAACAACAUCAAUUUUCCUACUUGAUCUUAAGGCCUAGACAGAGGAGAAUGCUAACUAACAGAUUAGACACUUGAUUGCCAGGGCCCUGUGAAUAGUUUGGGAAUGCCUGAUGGUAUAGCAUUGCUGAAGCUAAACAGAUGUGGGUCUCCCCGGGAACCCCAUGAAAGAGCAAGUUAUAAUAAAUAAAUAAAUUAAAUAAAUAAAGACUUGGUUGCUCUAGGCAAAACAGCCUGUAUGAAUCAGACCUUAGUUUCAAACAGUUAAUUAACUAAUUCACUUUGUCAGCAUGGUGGCAUUCUAACAAUAUUAGGAGUAGACACUUCCUAUCUGGAAUGCUAUAGCAUCCCACUCCUUUUCUCUUCUCUACCUUCCUCUUUUUGUAAAUGUUGUUACUGAACAAUCCAUUCAAAAUAUCAACCCUGAUAUGGGUCAUGCCCUGCAAUUUAUUUUCAAGAGAUUGACCAAUCCAAUUAAAAUCAGUGGGCUCUGAAUUAGUAUGGUUUGUAUGAAUAAUGGUUGUAGGCCAUAAGGGUGAGCUCUGAUUAUAUCCGUGUCCAUGGUGCAUAUAAAUUCUGCAGAUAUAACCAGAGCUUGAAUUUUUACAGAUAACAUACUUGAUGAUAAUAUAUUGUGGUGCUGUCACAAAUGUAACUGAAAUGUCUAGAUCUGCUUUCUCUCCUUUUCUAGACACGGUGCUUUAUUUUUACAAAUGUCUACCAUGGUUGUGUGUUACUCUGAAAAUGUUUUGGUUUGUGAAAUAUGUGAAUACUAAAGUUUACCCUUAGAUGCCUAUGACUCUGUUAGUACAGAAAUGUACAUGUGAAGUUCAUCCCAAUUAUCUCACUGCAGCUGCUUUGCAUCAUAUUAGAUGUGCAUUGCAAUCCAGGAAUUAAGAGCACUGCAAGAGACUGCACUCCCACUGCUGAACCUAUGGCGCUCCUUACCAUCUCUCUCUACCAAAUAGAUGGUUAUCACUGUUAUCUGCACGAAUGCAAAUGACUUGUUAAGCAAGUGAGAGAGUAGGAACAGGAUGUUUGUGUACUGUUCAGUACCUGCAUUCUCCCCACCCCCUGCCUAACAAGUGAUUGCUGCUGUUAAAGAUGGCAGUGCUGAUCAUAUUAAGUGAUGCAUUAAGCGGUACAGCAGCACUGUGCGCAAAGUCUGGUGCUUGAUGCAGAUCUGGUUUUCUUCCCCACCAUCUGCAGCCAUUUGCACUCCCAAUAGGCCAGCUGUACAAGCAAAAACCCAAUUUCUGUUUGCAGAUAGAUGUCAAAGAACUGUGCACAGUUCAGUGCAUAUUAAGCAAGCAUACUGCUAGUCCCAUUAGCUCCUCUGGAACCUGAGUUAAGCCUGACUGGUUCCGUUUUGUGGCUGUGAUCCUACAGCCACUUAAGGAUUCUUAUGAACAUUAACAAGGCAUUAUUGCAUAUUGGAUUAUACCCUCAGAUCUAACUUUUAAUUGCAAUGCCAUGCCAUUGAGACCAGUUCUACAGUUCUUAUGCAACAGCUCAUUGAAUCAACUGGAGCUUUAAUAAAAGAUUUAAGGAGAGGAAGAUUUCAACCCAGUCUUUCUAUUUUUAGAGCAAACUGUUUUAAAAAAUCAUAUGCUGCAUUUUUGUUCAAAGUUUAUAGCUCUAUUCAGACUUUAUGUUGUAUGUGCAUAUAGGUGUUUGUACACAUGUACAUGUUUUUGUGUGAAUGACUGUACAUGUGUUCAUUUUAAAAGUGAACCUGGGUACAGAUGGAAAGUGUACUACUGUAUGUGCAUUGAACAUAAUGUGUGAAUAAACUGUACAUACAUACAGACCUGCAAGUGUGUGCACUGUAAACAGAUUGUACGUGCGUUGAACAUAACAUGUGAAUAGGGUUUAUAGAGGAUAUGAAGGGAUUGUAAAUAAUUUAAAAGUAAAUAUACCAUCAUUUUGUACCAGCAGUUUUCUGCUUCUUGAAUAUCUAUAUACAUUAAAUUGUUAUGGUAUUUUUGUGUGCCUUAGAACUACACUUUAAAUUUUUAUAUUUUUUGUGAGCCUAAAAUUUAUUAAAAAUAACAGCUGUUUAUUCAGUAAGUAGGGUUGUGAAUUCUGGUUACUCAGCUGCACAAUUCUGUUUUUGGGUACUGCUGUUCAUUCAAGCUUUAUGAUGAUAAUUCUGUGGAAAUAAAACUUUUUGAGAAGAAUUGCUGGCUGUUGAGAAGGAGAACUAACUUGGCCACAACUGUGUAGGUCAGAAGGAAAUAAUUAGCAUUGAAUACCUGUAAUGAGAGAAUCACUGCCCCUUGUAAAUUUACCAUGUAAGAUUUGUGGAGUAUGCACUGCUUACAAAUCAAUCAAUGAUGGAUGAAUGUCCACUUGAUUCCUUUUUUUCAGAUUCUGUACCCCAUAUUACACUUUUGUGACACUAGAAUGUUCAACUCUUGAAACCAAUUAAUUCAAAAAUAAGCACCACUAAAAAGUUGUCUACUGGGGUGCAUCUGAUAGGAUCUCACUAACUCUUUUGUGGGGUGUAAUGUUUACCCUACUGCUCCUGUUGGGAAAGAAAGCAAGUCUUGAAACGACAAUGCUAAAAUGGAAAAGAAACAUGUCUUUAAAGUGUAAAUGGCAGCCUGAUACUAAAUCUGUUACUUGGAAAUCUCACUCAUUACAGUGGGAUGUGCUUCCACAUUGUGAAUUUAAGGUGGGAGUGAAUGAUCCUCUUUAGCAGCUAAUAAAACUUUGUUAGAUUCAUCAAAUUAUCAAAGCAUUUUAAAUAUACUGUUGAAAUUAAGAUCAACACCUAUUAUUUUGUUCUGAUUUCAACAAUAUAUUUUAGAAUACAACAGUAUUGCUUACAAAAUGACUGUUGCACUUAGAAAACAAUGUAGUCAAUGGCAUUUAUAUUUUUCCUGUUGCUUUACAAGCAAAUAAUACCUAUCAAGCAUGUUUGCAGAAUACAAAAUUACAGCUACUUACUGCAUAUACAGCUGUGUGCUAUUUAUUGUAGCAUUUCAGAAUAUUUAUCAUUUUUACAUAGAUGUAAUUUUGUGACCAAGCUUAUAGCUACAAAGGUUUGUAAUAAUUUUGUCUUGUAAUUGUGACUCUUUGGGGCUGUGACAUGCAGAAAAAUCCUCGGGACUGCUGCAGCAACUUUCAGAUCAGUGAUGUUUGUGCAGGCCAUGCAUGCUUUUUGGUGAUAAAGCAAUUUGGUCUAAGAUUCCCUGUUGCUUACAGCAUUGUCCUCCUAGGCUUGCUGAUUCAGGAACUAGAGACUCAAAAAUGACACAUUGAAAACAAAACAAAUCACUGUUCCCUUGGUCUGCUUCAACCAGCUUCUAAUGAUCAUAUUAGCAGUGGAUUUCAGCCCUGCAAGUUGCUUGGCAUACGGUUAAUUCUGUUGCUGCAAAUAAUAGUUUUCUAUUAAAUUCCUAGUUCAACCCAUUGAGUUCUACAAAAGUAUGCUUAGCAGUAAAGUGAAGCAUGUAGGUGGGUUGUAGUAAUUACGUUAAUCUGGAAAGGGGCUUAUGUGUAGAAGCUAAACCCUUCACUGUUUCAGCCUAGAUGCUUAACACUUUGCUUUAUCGUGCUUGUACAAAAGCACAGCUUGUAUUCUCUACUGAGCUUACGUGUUUGCUUUUACUGUCUGUCUUUGUUAAGGCUCUUAGAACUGUUCUUGUCUGCUAUGAUGCAUCUUUAAUUGUCUACUUGGAAACAUUUUUGCAAGGAGCCAGGAUCUGAAUAAAAGGGAGGAUGUUUUCUAGAGCAAAAUUUCUUAUAGCACGAAAUAUUGAGUAGUCUGUGUGAAAAGAACCACUUCCCUACAUAAUCAGUCAAUUUUUCCUAAUGACAGUUGUUAUGGAAAGCACCAUAUAUACUUUUAGACUCUUGAAGAUCAGUUCUUACAGAUCUUUUUCUAGCUUGCUCCUCUAGGGAAAUAGCUAACAGGGCUCUUAAGUACAGGGCCUACCGUCUGUAGCAGUAGAAGAUCACAUGAGGUCGGACAAAACUUAGUAGUUUUCACUAGCUACAGUGACUAUGUGCUGACUGGUAUUCUGCAAAUUAUUCUAAACUUCAUGGCCCUGAUCUAGGAAAUGGUAGUAGUGCUUUAUGGAAAUUAAUGAAGCUUAAGUCAAUUACAAUAUUGAUUUCAGCAGGACUUAAACUUAGCAUUCUUUUGAAUGGGAUCAGAACUAACAUGUAAGAAAUGUUAACAUUUGUAUGUCUGAGAAGCAUCCUCUAUUUGAAUAUCCCAGCUUUUCUGUAUUUCCAUCUAUGCAGACCAGCCAAUAAAUCUAUGAGUUAGCAUAGCAUUGCAACAUUUGUGAUGUUUAUAACUUAAAUAUAUUUUGGGGAAGGGGGACUCAGUGGCUGGUGGGCAUACACAGUUCCUUCCACCCUCAGCAGCUAAGGGGAGAUGCAGUGAUGGCAGCAGCAGCUCUUGUUUCUCAUCACCCUGGGAGGGUGGGAGAAGGAGUCCCUGCUGCCAGCAUCCCCUUCAUUAGCAAAGAAAAGAUACCACCAACUUGGCCGUUCCUUCUGCUCCGCUUCCUUCUCAGUGAAUGGGGUUUCAUCCCAGAGGAUGAAAAGGUGGCUUCUCUUAUCUCAGGUGGCUCUGGAAAAAUGUUUGCUAAGGAAGAGGGCUGGAGGAUAUAUAGUGCUGCAAAUCUCUCACAUCACCAUUGCCUUCUCCCACUUUCUACUCCACUCACAAACAUCCCCUAGAGGUGGGGAUUCGUAGAUGGGGAGGUAGGUGCAAUAAAGUAGUGGUGGCAGAAAAAGCGCAUGAUGACAUUGUUUCUUUCUGGUACCCACUGUGUGGGCCCUGGGGUCUCAGGGGAUGGUAGCCAUGGGGCCUCAAGCUGAUACCCAACUUGACCAGCCCCUGCUAUGAAUACAAAUAUGAAGAAUAUUUAUAUACCGCUUUUCAACCAAAGUUCCCAAAUCAGUUUACAUAGACAUAGAUAUAAAUAAAUAAAAUGGCUCUCUGUCCCAAAGGGCUCACAGUCUAAAUAAGAAACGCAAGAUAGACACUAGGGAUGUGCACAGAACUGCAGCUGGGCGGUUCGAAGGCGACAGGGGUGCCUCUUUAAGGGUGAGGGAGGGUUCACUUCCCCCUCCCGCUGCUUUCCCACCACCACCAGCACCCGUUGCUGUUAAAAGUCUUCAGGGUGGCAGCGUACCUCCCUUCCGUCCUGUUGCCCAUGGCUGGAAGUACUGGGCACUUGCGCGCACGUGAUGGGCGCAUACAAGCCUGUUACUUCUAGCCGAGGAGGGCAAUAGGGCAGCAGGGAGGUACACUGCCACCCCGAAGACUUUUAACAGCAACAGGCGGAGGGGGGGUUAAGCGGCGGGAGGGGUAAGUGCACCCUCCACCACCCUUAAAGAGAAACCCCUGUUGCGUUUGAACAUUGAACCGGACCCCGUGUUCGAACCUGUUCGGAGGCCCGUCAAAGGGCCUCUAAACAGGUUCGUGCACAUCCUUAAUAGACACCAGCAAAAGCCACUGGAGGGAUGUUGUGCUGGGGAUGGAUAGGACAAGUUGCUCUUCUGCUAAAUAAAGAUAAUCACCACUUUUAAAAUGUGCCUCUUUGCUCAGCAGGGGACACCCUUGGUGGUCUUUCAGAAACUCUCAUGGUUUGUAUAAGGUAUGUGUGUUUAAAGGAAUCUCACAGAUUAUUUAGCAAGUGACUAACAUUGCACUGAGCACUGAAGGUAGAAGGGGCAAUACCUAAUUUCAUUGGCUCCGAGUUAGCCUUCUCAAAGUUGGGCUGUUGAGGAAUAUCUCCUAAGAUGUGUGAGGCUAUUGUUGCAUUAAAACUCAUAUUACAAAAACCAGUUAGUCUCUUAAAUGCCACCAUAGGUUUUGUCAUUUCACAGUGCAAGCGUACCACCAUUUUUAGCAUAUUUGUAAUAGCUGUAGAAUUCAUUCUCUAGACCUAGAUCAAUUUUCCUAGAAUUGGCUUGGCCCUUUAGAUGUGGCUAUACAGUCAGCACAUAUUCUCCAUCUUACACUCUUAAGAGUAACUAACCAAGCGUUGUAUGUAGAUAGAAUGUAAUGGAGAUUUCAUUUGAAGUACAUUGGUAGCACAAACACACAGUCCAUCAGACACACACACAAAGUGUGCUGUAGCAAAUUUAUUUAAAAUUCCACUGCUAACCCCAAUGUUGGUACCUGACAUUGCAUUUAUAAUUUCAAAUGUAAUGAACUGCAGCUUUAAUAAAUGUGGGUCUCUUUUCAAGUGCCAGUUUAAUGGAAUGGGUUGAUGAAAAUAACAUCAAACUUGUUUAAAGCACCAGUUUUUAUACCAGUCUUGCAUUAAAUAAGGCGCCAGAGUGGUUGUAACAUUUCCAACCAAUAAGCUGCAUCCAAAUGGAAGCUUUUUGCUUUCAGUUAGGCCUGUGCAGAAGCUUGGCUUCAAAAUAUUGAACCUGAAUCAUUUAUAGCUCCCCUUGCGACCUCCACACACAGCAGCCCUCACACAGAACUUGGGACAGUCCUUAAGGGAAGUGAAGCUGCAGGAAACCCCAGUGAUUUUGUGGAAGUUGCACAAAGAAUUCUGGGACAUGUAUUGCUUCCCAACAUUUUCCCUAUAGAGCUCUAUGAGGGGAAAGCGUUCACCAUUCAUCUUGCACUAUGUCACUGGGGCUUCCUGUAGCUUUGCUUCCUUGUUCAAGGACACUCUCCAGUGUUGUGUGCACACUACUUUAUGUGGAGAUGAGCAGGGGAGUGCCUGCUUCCACACAGGGUGAGGUGCACAUGAUUCAGCUGUGAAGUACUGAAGCCAAACAUUUGUGCAGGCCUACUUUCAAUGCUGGAGAAGCCUUCUAUAAAAGGAAGCAAACAAUUCAGCUGUGUAAUCAGAGAAUUAUUUCUUUUGACUCCCUCUGCUUUCUCUUAACUAUUCUGGCCAGUGAGACCAAAUCAUUGUAUUGUAUCUUAGCAAAGUUAGUCGUGCUAAACUCUAUUGAACUCAUUUCAAUGGGACUUUGGAAUCCUACUUUUUGUUUUUAAGACUACAAUGCAUUACUUGUUGUUUUUAACAUCCGAGUUCACAUUUAGACUUUGUAUACAUUGUGAUUUAGGAUAGCUUUGCAGAUGGAAGGAAUAAGCCACUCCCCUGCUUAUCUCCACAUAAAGUGGUCAGCUCAUAAGAUGGUAAACCUUGAGACAGUAAACCAAGCCAUGAUAGUGAUAGAAUGUGGUGCUCUGUAGAAAAUUUCCUCAACUUAAUCACAAAUUAAGUUGAGCUUAAUAAUGGUGAUAGGUCUGAAUAUGCACAUAUAUCCCUUUAGAAUUGACAUUUUAAUAUGAUUAUGCCAGAGAGCAAAAUUAAUUAUUCAGACCUGUAGCUCUGAUAUAAAAUGUGGCACCUGAGAGGUACUCCAGGAAUUACCAUGAUGACAGCAUCAAUAUUUAAGCAUGGGGUGAGAAAGAAUGUUCUACAUGUAACUUGCUUAGAAUAUUUUGUGGCUCAAUCCCUAAAAAAACUGUUAGACUGUCUGUGAGCAAGUUGGACUUAUGAGAGUUUCACAUAGCUGUUCCUAUGUGCACGCCACAGGCAUCAUUUCAGAAUUACAAAAUGCUAUCAUAAUCAUUAAAAAAUUAUUAUUGCUUUCUGUAGGAGUUUAGUUUUAGCAAAUAUACAGUUAAAACUGGGAGAGGAGAGCUGGUCUUGUGGUAGCAAGCAUGACUUGUCCACUUAGCUAAGUAGGGUCUGCCCUGGUUGCAUAUGAAUGGGAGACCACAUGUGAGCACUGUAAGAGAUUCCCCUCGGGAUGGAGCCGCUCUGGGAAGAGCAGAAGGUUCCAAAUUCCCUCCCUGGCUUCUCCAAGACAGGACUGAGAGAGAUUCCUGCCUGCAGUCUUGGAGACGCCGCUGCUAGUCUGUGAAGACAGUACUGAGCUAGAUAGACCAAUGGCCUGACUCAGUAUAUGGCAACUUCCUAUGUCCCUAACUAGAAUUAAAUAUUGUCCUGGCCUAGACUGCACCUACCAGCUUGCUUAGUUACACAGAUGUCUUGAGGGAUACCUGAAAUGUUUGGGUAAUUGAACUUCAUUUUAAAAGGAGUGUUCUCUAGGAUUAACACUGAUAUAUAGUUACAGGUACACACACUAAUCAGAUAAUCAAGUUUCUGCUAUAUAUGAGAUCCAUAUUCAAUAAAUGCUUAAUACAUGACAAGAAUACAAGUAGUUUUUGCUUCUGUGGGUGCCAUUUUAUAGUACUAGCCAAAUAUGGCAGCUUUGAGAUUCUGUGUGUUUCAGUGCUAUUGCCCAAUGUUUUUAAGACUUCAAAGCUAGAAACGUUCAUAAUGCUUUGUAAAAUAUCACAAAUAUAUUAAUCAUAGUUGCAACAGAACACAAAUGUUUGAUACUAUCUCAUAUUGUUUUGUUCAAGUGUUCGAAGAGGGUUUAAAAAAAACCACAACCCAGCCAACCCAAUCAUGGGCAGCAUCCAGUUUAAGGCCCCUUUAAAUCAAUGGAACUUAUCUAAUUGAUUUGCUUAGUCAUCCUUGGUUAUGACUAACGGUUCUGGAUUGUCCAGUUUCUGAACAUGGCAACUAUUUCAGAAGCAUAACACCAUGCAUCCAGAGAUGCACCCCCGAUUUCCACACCCAUAGAUUUCAAAAGCAGCUUGAUGAUCUGUCUAGCCAGAAUCAAGAGAGGGGGAAAUGCUGCUGAGGGCAUCAAGAGGCAAAACUGAUAAUCAACAUGGUAAUCAGAAUACUAAAGGAACAAUCCACUUAAAACUAGUUGUGACUAACAGCCAACCUUGCCUUGCUGAAUUAAUUGAGACUUAUUCCCAGGCUAGUGUGCCUCCUCAUUCAGCUAUGCAGCACAAUCAAUUGUGUUUUUACUUGUGAGCACCUUUUGCUGAGUUCAAUGCGGUUUCAGUAAUUGUGCAUAGGAUUACAGCCAGAGUGCCAUAAAAACCAUUGAGUUUUUAGCAUAUUUAUUUGGAAGUAAACCACAUUCUGUUCAGUGCCGUGUGCUUCCUGGUUAAUCCCAUUUUUUAAAAGUGCAACUUGCUUUUGAGUAAAAGUGAAUAGGAUUGGGCUGUACAUCCCUUCGAUUUAAAUGGGAUGUAGUUGUUGCUAGCAUUCACUGGAUUGUGUCCAAAAUGUAUUAUGCAAGUUUAUCACAAAAGCAUGUUUCUGUGAAUACAGUUUUAGUAGCCUCAAAGUUUAAAAAAAUAGGAAAAUACAUUGUGCGAAAGCAGAAGAACUUGAGCCUUAUUGUUGACUAAUAUUCUCUGUACUUUUCUUCCCUUUAUUUUUUAAACUGGGAUGCAUACAAUAUUUAUUUUUCAACAUUUAACUUUGAUUUUGGUGGAUUUUUUUCCUUUUAACAAUCUACUGUAUUUAGAUUAUCUGAUGGAGAAAUUAAAAGGCAAAAACAUUUCUGUUCUUUUCCAUUUACCAUUUUUGUUACUAGUAAGAGAAAAGUUGUUUAACUAUUCCACAAAACAGGAAAAAGAAUGAAAGCUACUUUAUUUCCUUGGGGAUAAAUAUAUUUGAAUAUUCUCUGCAGACAAGGGAACGCUUACCAGCAGUACUUGAAGACUUGUGAGUUUUGACUGCAUGUUACUUGAAAGAUCUUACUAAGCUACUCUUUUUGGUGCACAGCAGUUGUUGUACAUGAUUUCAUGUUUAUGUAGCAAGAUGCAUUGAAAUUGUAUUGAAACAUACGUGUAAAGAUUGUUGUUGUGGAGAUGGUCUGUUCUGUUUUUUAUUUUUCUUAUGUCACAUCUGUUUAAACCGUAUAUGUUUCUUUUUAAAAUGUCCUAAUUGAAUAAAGCGAGAUGAGUUACUGUCAUUUAAAAUAUAUUUUAAAUUUUUGUCAUGAUUUUUUCCAAAAGAUAUUAUUACAAAGUGUAUCAUUCCUGAUAACACAGAACAUUGUGGAUGGCUUCAAAUAAAUUUUAUACUUCUA